AUGCUUCGCACCACCGAAGACAACAAGGAAGAAUGGCCCGUCGCAGCCGCAGUGGUCAAGCGUGAUAUAUUUGUUGAUGAUUUAUAUACGUCCUGUUAUGAUGAUGAUGAAGCAAUAACAUUGCGGAAGGAUGUGACAAAUUUGAUGGCGAAGGGUGGAUUCCCGAUGCGCAAGUGGCUCUCGUCGUCACGAAAGGUCCUGGAACCAUACCCGAAGAAGAAAGGGCUGUCCCAAACAAGAACGUGAAUAGUGGAGAACUUCCGUCAGGGCGUGCGUUGGGGGGUGAAAUGGGAUGCAAAGUCCGACAAUCUAGGCUUUGCAUUGGCACACAUUGAUCGACCGAAGGCGCAAAAUACAAAGCGGGGGAUUCUGAAUUGAAAAGACUGGCUGCAUUAUACGACCCGUUGGGCUGGGCUAGUCCGUACGUUGUUCGUGCCAAGAUUCUUCUGCAACGCACCUGGUCUCGUGGCCUCCAGUGGGAUGAACAACUUCCACCGGACUUAGCAAUCGAAUGGCAGAAGUGGGAGGAGGAGAUGAUUUGGCUCAAAGCUUUCUCGGUCCCGCGCUAUAUCUACCGCGAGCCUUCGAAAGUCUGGUCCAAGUUUCUCAUAGUCUUUUGUGAUGCUUCAGAAGUAGCCUACGCCGCUGCUGCCUUUAUACGUGCAAAGUCAACCGUUGGAGAUUACGUGUGCCAUUUGAUUAUGUCGAAAACUCGUUUAAUGCCGCUCAAGACAGUCUCUAUUCCGCGCGGAGAAUUGAUGGCUUGUCAACUUGCUGUCCGACUGGCGAAGUCUGUUUGUGAGCAACUGGGACUUAAUAAGUGUCGUGUCAAGUAUCUGUCUGAUUCCACGACUGCGUUAUGGUGGAUCAAGGGUGAGCCAAGGAAAUUUCGUCCGUUUGUUGCCAAUCGAGUGGCAGAGAUCCUGUCGGAGAGUGAUCCAAUUCAGUGGCAUCACAUUGGCACGAAGCUGAAUAUUGCAGAUAUUGCGAGCAGAGGAACGUCUGUAGCUGAUAUUUCCGCUGAUUCAACCUGGAUUCAGGGACCAGAGUUCUUAAAGUCUGAGUUCUCUGAGUGGCCUGUUGAUAAAGUUGCAGUUGAUUUUCCAGAGCCAAGUCAAGCGGAGUUGAAGAAAUCGGUUUUGAAGGCAAAGGUCGCACCAGCGAAGCCAGUUAUUGAUCCUGCUGCGUAUUCUAGCUGGAUCAAACUCACCCGAAUAACCGCAUGGAUAUUUCGCAUGUGUAACAAUCUGCGCAACAAAGGGAAACGAAUAUCGGGACGUUGA